AUGAGAACAGUCUUGCGAGCCGCAAAAAUUUGCGCUGCAGGCAGUCGCCUUGCGCCGAGCCAUGGCUUUGCGACAUCAUCCCCAGCCGCCUUCAAGGCGGCAACAGCGCUGUGUUCUAGCAAGAAGUACACCCCCGUCGAAAGCAAAAAGUCCAAAUACGACGUCUUCAGAACCAUGAUCCUUACUCAGUUCAAUGUUGUUCUGAACAACAUGGGCGGUUGGUCAGAGACCAACCGCGAGUUCCAGAACUUCGGCAUCAGGAGCGAGCAUGGGCUCAACAACGAGAUUGCUCUUUUCCGUGAGACGAUACAGAAAUCGAUUCAUUUGGCCAACAAGGGCGCGACGUUGCGCAAGGAGAACCCGCUCUUUUGGUCCCUGCGGAACGCCUUCAUCCGCGGCGACGUCAAGGGGCUGACUUCGGAGUUGCGGUAUUCGUUUCAGAGCUUCAUGCUGCGGUCUCGACUGGAAAAAUCCUCCCCGAGGCAGAAAAAGUUGGCGGACCUGAGAUUCCCCCAGGAGUGGUUUCCCGCCACGCGGGCCAUUCAACGCACUAUCCACCUGCACGUGGGACCAACAAACUCUGGAAAGACAUACCGGGCCUUAAAGGCGCUCGAGAAUGCGAAAUCGGGCAUCUACGGAGGCCCCUUACGUCUACUGGCGCACGAGAUUUAUUCACGGUUCCAGGCCAAGGGAAGGCCGUGUGCCAUGAUCACGGGCGAAGAGCAGCGCAUACCGGACUCGGACAACUACUUUAUUAGCUGCACCGUUGAGAUGACGCCGCUUAACAGACUCGUCGACGUCGCCGUGUUGGACGAGAUCCAGAUGAUUAGCGAUCGGGAUCGAGGUUGGGCGUGGAGCCAAGCUUUACUCGGUGUCAUGGCAAAGGAAGUCCACCUGUGUGGCGAGGAACGCGUUGUCGAUCUCAUCAAGUCGAUUUGUUCCAGCAUCGGCGAGAAGUGUAUUGUGCAUCGCUACCAAAGACUGAGCCCAUUGCAAACGAUGAAGAAGAGUCUCAAAAAUGACCUCACCAAGCUCCGAAAGGGCGAUGCGGUCGUCGCUUUCACCCGAGUCAACCUGCACGGUCUGAAAAAUGCCAUCGAGGAUGCGACUGGCCGCCGCUGCGCCAUCGUCUAUGGGUCUCUGCCACCCGAGACUCGAGCGCAGCAAGCAGCUUUGUUCAACGACCCGGACAAUGAAUACGACUUUCUCGUUGCUAGCGACGCCAUUGGCAUGGGCCUGAACUUGGAGAUCAAGCGUGUUAUUUUUGAGACGGCGACAAAGCACGACGGCACCCAAUACCGUACGCUGACGACGUCUGAGAUCAAGCAAAUUGGCGGCAGAGCAGGCCGAUACAAGACAGCGAGGCAGGCGGCAACGGACCCUAACGGUACCGCCGCUCCCGAGGAGAAGAUGGGAUACGUGACGACGCUCGUCGACGAUGACUUGCCGAUUAUUGAAAAGGCAUUCAACUCCGAGACGCAACCGCUCGACGUGGCCACUAUACACCCCCCGGCCUCCGUGAUUGAGCAGUUUUCCGAAUAUUUCCCCCCUGAUACACCCCUCAGCUUCAUCCUGCUUCGGCUCCGCGAGCUUGCCCCCGUCUCGCAGCGUUACUCGGUCUACAUCUCUGAACUCAGCCUAGAGAUUGCCGAUGCCAUUCAGGAGUUUCCGAUGACGAUCCAGGAGCGCAUCACUAUCCUCCACGCGCCCGCUUCGCUUCGCGAACCUGGCAUGAGAGCAAUUAUCAAGGCGGUUGCAAAGUGCAUUUCGACGCGGACCGGCGGCGCUCUGUACGACAUUCAACCCAUCAACCUCGAGCUCCUUGACGCGACGCUAGACGACUUCAGUAACCAGGGCAGGCGCUACCUGCACUCCAUCGAGGCGCUGCACCAGGCCAUUACGAUCUACCUGUGGGUGAGCUACCGUUUCCCCAAUAUUUUUACGAGCCAGGCGCUGGCGUUCCAUGUCAAGGACGCCGUCGAGGAAAAGAUUGAAUUCUACCUCGAGAACAAUACCGUCUUCGAUGCGGACGUCCACGGCAAGGCUCGUGACCGGCAGCGCAGGGAAGCGUUGCAAAAGCAGCUGGAGCAGGAGUUGCUCAUGGCAGAGCAGCUCGAGAGCCCCGAGGGCGAAAAUGAGCUUGUCGACAGCGAGCCUUCUGACGAGGGCCCUGGGCAGUGGAUCUCCCCGGGCCACGAGGAGCCCCUUGUUGAUGAUGAGAGCGAAUACGAAGAACUGCAAGACCGGCCGCGAAGUGAGCCUGUCCCCCGGCAGGAGUCACUAUGA